CCACAGGGAUUGAAGCAAGGGUGCGAAGCGAGCCUGAGUUGGGUGUAAGCGAUGACUACUCGUACACCCAGACGACCCUAUAGAUACAAAAUCUGACGUUGGAUGACACUCAAUCGAAAUAUUUGGAGAAACCAUGAAGUAGCAAGCAAGCCGCAUAUUACUGUCAUCAUCCCACAGAGAUUUUCGAAGUCCCCAGCUGUCGGUGGGUUGAAUGUCAAGAUACUUGUUCUUGCUACACCAAGCGGGGAUCGGUUAGAGCUCUCAGUUGUUGAGGAUACUAGGGAGUGCCUGAUAGGUUUCCUCGAUUUCGACAAAGUGACAUUGAGGUCAUGUCUGGUGCAGUCACUCCAUUCCGAGUUCACACAAGAAAACGAACGCAGAAUGCAGAUAACGAGGUUUGAGUACAAGAUGUAGUUUCUAUAUAUAACAUAAUGUACCACAAAAACGGGGUGAUUGGUAUAAAGC